CUCAAGAAUGGGGAAAAAACUAUAACUAAUUUCUACUAUAGGCUAACUGAUCCUCGGAGUUUGCCUGUUGGACCAGUUAACUUUUGGUACACCCAUCACUUGAAAAUAUGGAGAAAUCCUCAGCGGAGCUGAACAAAGCUGGUUCCAGAUCGACUUCGUCGCUUCCACCUGAGCCGGUGGACAUCAUCCGCAGCAAGUCAUGCUACCGUCGGGUAAGACUGAAUGUAGGGGGGCUUCCACACGAGGUUCUGUGGCGAACGUUGGAUAGGUUACCGCGAACCCGUUUAGGGAAAUUACGGGAUUGCAACACCCACGACUCGUUAAUGGAGAUAUGCGAUGACUACAACUUGGACGAAAAUGAGUACUUCUUUGACCGACACCCCGGGGCUUUCACAUCCAUUCUGAACUUCUACCGCACGGGGAAGUUACACAUGAUGGAAGAGAUGUGCGCCUUGUCCUUCAGUCAAGAACUGGACUACUGGGGCAUCGACGAGAUCUACCUGGAGUCCUGUUGCCAGGCCAGAUACCAUCAAAAGAAGGAACAGAUGAACGAGGAGCUCAAACGAGAGGCGGACAACAUGAAAGACAGAGAGGGUGAAGACUUCGAUACCACAUGUUGUGCUGAGAAACGGAAAAAACUUUGGGACCUUCUUGAAAAACCCAGUUCGUCUGUUGCAGCCAAGAUCUUGGCCAUCAUCUCUAUCCUCUUCAUCGUUCUCUCCACCAUCGCCUUGUCUCUGAACACCCUUCCAGAGUUGCAGGAUACAGAUGAAUUUGGCCAAUCCACUGACAACCCCCAACUGGCCCACGUAGAGGCCAUCUGCAUCGCCUGGUUCACCAUGGAGUACCUCCUGCGCUUCCUCUCCUCGCCCAGCAAGUGGAAGUUCUUCAAGGGUCCCCUGAACGUCAUCGACCUUCUGGCCAUCCUCCCCUACUACGUCACCAUCUUCCUCACCGAGUCCAAUAAGAGCGUUCUCCAGUUCCAGAACGUGCGGAGGGUGGUCCAGAUCUUCCGGAUCAUGCGUAUCCUGCGUAUUCUGAAGCUGGCCCGUCACUCCACGGGGCUCCAGUCUCUGGGCUUCACCCUCAAGAGGAGCUACAACGAGCUGGGCUUGCUCAUCCUCUUCCUGGCCAUGGGCAUCAUGAUUUUCUCCAGCCUGGUCUUCUUUGCUGAGAAGGACGAGGAUGACACCAAGUUUAAAAGCAUCCCGGCGUCCUUCUGGUGGGCCACCAUUACUAUGACCACAGUGGGCUAUGGGGAUAUCUAUCCCAAAACCCUGCUAGGGAAGAUUGUGGGGGGUUUGUGCUGCAUAGCUGGAGUUCUGGUGAUAGCCUUGCCCAUCCCUAUCAUCGUCAACAACUUCUCUGAGUUCUACAAGGAGCAGAAGAGACAGGAGAAGGCUGUGAAGCGCCGGGAAGCCCUGGAGAGAGCUAAGAGGAAUGGCAGCAUUGUCUCCAUGAAUAUGAAGGAGGCGUUUGCUCGCAGUGCAGAGUUAAUGGAUGUGGUGGUGGAGAAGACUGAGAGGCCACAAGAUAAUCACCUCUCUCCCAGCCACUGGAAGUGGACCCCCAAGGGGGCUGCGUCAGAGACCAGCUCCAACCAUUCUUUCAACCCCCAAGAGUCAGGCUCCCCUAGCAAGGCCAGGGCCUCCAGCCCUCAGCGACUCAAUGCACAGAAGCUGGAGGAAAUGUACAACCAGAUGGCCAAGACCCAGUCCCAGCCUAACCUCAACGCUAAAGACAAGGGCUCCAGGACAGGCAGGCAGAGGGAUGAGAUAGAGCUAGGGGCUAUCCCAGGCACUGGGGAACCCAUACUCGGAACUCGCGAAGGGGUUGGGGACAUGAAAAGCCUGUCCAGCAUUGACAGUUACAUUAGCUGUGCCGCAGACUUCCAGGAGAACCCACGCUUCCCCCACAGCCCUGCGGCUGGUCUGACCCUCCAAGAUAGCAGCCGCUUCUCACACAGCCCUGCCACAGGCCUUUCCGGGCGGGUCAGCGCCAACCCCGGCCUGCAGACCACCCUGGAGCAUGAGCCCAUGGUCACUCCCUUCUCUAAGACUGUAGGCUCAGAGAACACACGGCUCGGCCCCUACUCUGGUUACCCUCUUAAAGGCUCCUCCUACAAGGGGAACUAUCGUGGUGGAGGAGAGUCAGGUCGAUCCCCCAGCACUCUUCUCUCAGACAGCUCGGCUCUGUCCGACCGCUCCCUGCUGAGCCCCGAGGUGUCUGUCUACACCACAGCCAGCAGCAGAACACCACCCAAGUCCCCAGAGAGCAGCACUCUGAGCCCUGCCAUGUUCACCUUCCACGACUCCUCCAUCAGCAAGUAUAUCGAUGCCGACACUGACGAAGAAGAGCACCUUCGUGACCUCUCAGACACCAGCCCCUCCAAGCGCCUGCUGGCCAGAUCCAGCCCCAAACGCCACAUCAACAGCGGUUACCAGAAGGGCAUCAACCACCUGGAGACUGCCCAGAGGGUGCUGGGCCAGAACUGCCUGUUUCCUUUGGAGGGGUCGCGAGGGGCAUCACAUGAGAACCAUGUGGGCUCUGAGCUGCCUCGCCCAUCCAAAGGGGACAGGGGUCACUCCAAUACCGUGGACAAGAGCCUCUGAACAGCAGAGCACAACCAGCCCAGCCCAGAGAGACCUGGAGCAGAGAUACACGCCUCUGUGGACGAGAGAGAGGCGUCGCGGAGAGAGGAGGAGAGACCGAGAGAGAGACUGUGCUGAGUCACUUUACAAACUUACAGAGAGGGCCACUGCACAGCCAGCUUAGGGCAAUGUGUGGUUAACAAAUACUCUGAACGUAGACUACAAUAGAGAAACCACUGCCCUCCAUCCUCUCCCUUUGAGCUCCCUUACCCACCCCAGAAACAAGCACUUCCAGAGACUGGAAACCGUGCAGGGCCUCCAGAGAGAAGUGCUGCCUGGCCUGGGAGCCGAGCUGUGGGGUGGGGUUUGAGAUUCAUAAUGUGAGCAUGAGGGUUAUCAAACCCACCCUCUCCAGGUAUAUCUCAGCUGCCCACUGUCCCCCUACUGAGAAUGGGCUCCCAAUGUAGUCUAGGAAUGACCGAUGAGAUUGACAGCUAGAAUCUACUUACUUACUAUACUAGUGCCCCCCAGACCUGGCCUUAGUCAUAAGCAGAUGUUUGUAUAUGUGUGUGCGUUUGUGUGUGAGUGUGUGUGUGUCCAUGCGUAAGUGUACGUCUCUGUCUCUGUGUGUGUGUGCGUGGAAAGGUAGUUGUGUUGAAAGGUUAUGUAAAAAUACAAGAUUGUCUACCUAAUUGAUUUUAUUUUUAUAUAGAGAAAAUAAGGUAAUGUAUAGAAACCUGUAAUGAGCUAGUCUGUUGUGUCAUGACCAUUUAUUGAAGUAUUUCUGUAAGAGUUAUGUUGCAAUUGUUGGUUCCAGCUCCUCUUAGGGAAAACCACUGUCUGUCAUGAUGAGUCCUGUUUCUGAUACAGUAUGUUGAUCUCAUGGUGAGAGUAGAGUACUGAAUUUUAUUGUGAAUAUUGUCUUAAUUGUCUGUUUGAUCAUUUGCCCCACAGAUCAGAGGGUCUAAGCUAAGGUAUGAAAGUCAGGAAUGAACAACCUUCAAGGUCUCCUUCGUAGUGAGGGGAGCUCUUCUUACAUAAAAGGAAAGUCCAACACAUGUACUUUGUGGGUGUUGCACAAGUAUGCUGGCGUUUGUGACUAUCAGGUUCUCAGGAGAACAAGUCUUCAUUACGAUGGCCACUGGAGUAUUACUAUAAGAAGCUGCCUCCAAACCCCACAAACCCUCCACAAGGAGACCUGAGUACUGUAGCAAUAGUUGGGAUUACAAACAGAUUAAAAUCAUUUGACACAUUUAAAAAGAAAAAAAAAGCUAAAUCUUCUCAAAUAUUCAAUAUUACGUAAACCAAUCUGGUGCUUUCAAGUCAUCUUUGAAAGGUGGAAGAAAUGUUAAGAUUUGAAUUCAUUUUUAUUGUGCUUUAUGAAGACUGUGGUAAUGUUUACAGUGUGUGUACAUUACGUAACAUAUAGAUACAGUCCAGGAUAUUGCUGCAAUCCUCAUGCUUCAUCUUACUGCAUUAAGUCAGCCAAAGAGAUUACAUUCAUGAUGGGGGAAAGAGUUUGUAAAACAGAGACAGGCAGAAAAAUGGAUAGCAAGGAUGAGUAUCAUUCAAGAGAACAAAUUUCAAGGAAAUUGUACAAGUUGUAAUAUUGAGUCAUCCAAACAAUGUUUAUAAAAAGGCAUUAUAAACAUGGGACUUCUCAUGGAAAAGGGAAAAGGUUUACUUUUCUUCCA